AUGGGCUCCACCGAAGACGAUCCGGUUAUUGCCUCCUACGACGUUUUCCUCACUGACUCCGAGAUCUCUCGCUACGUCUUCCAAUAUCUCGACCGCCCAGAAUCCAAACCAUACAAUGAAAGGAAGGGUCAAAAACCGACUGUCAUGCGCAUGAAGCCUGACACGGGUUUGGUAGAGCUUGAAGUGCCGAUCUUCACUAGAUGCACCUAUGAUGUGGACAAGGGAAUUCGAUAUGGUGAUGCCAUGAAGAAGGGUCGCAUUGCGCGCAGUGGCGGCGCUUACGGUAUGGCUGGCGGUUUCAGCACUGGUGGUAUUCCUGGCGGUGGAGGACGGAUCAAGGCAGAAAGCAUUGAUGAUGUCGAGGUGCUGGACAACAAGAAGGGCAUGGACCCGUCCGCGCUACUCAGGACACAGUCACUCGGUGGGCGUAUCAAACCUUCCGAGGAAGGCGAUCCAGUUUAUAUGCUGGCCACAUUCAAAGGCAAAAAUCUGCAUCUAUCUCCCGUUUCCGCUGUGGUCCAAUUACAACCUCAAAUUCAUCAUUUAGACGCAGUGGAUGAAUUGCCCAAGGGACGAGGUGGUAAGGGCAAGAAAGAGGAUGAAGAACGUCCUGCUGAAACCGAGGCACGCGCCAUCGACGUCAAGGUCAAGGGCGCGGAAGACGGAGGCGCCAUCCUUCACGGGAAUCUGGAUCUGCUCAAGAAAAUGCAAGAAGAACAGUGGAAUAAUUUUGAAUGGGUCGAUGCAGAGACCGAGGAAUCAUGGUACACCUAUGAAAACUACAUGAUGAACCAGAAACCUGAUGAUCUACCUCAACUAAAGGCCACCAUUAACAGCGAGGAUUAUUUGGAUGGCAUGAGUGCACCUCGGAUUGAUCCUGCACGGCCCGAACUGACUGGGUGGGCUAUGAAACAAAAUCGACAAAAGCAGAUGGACGGGCCAUCGGACAGUGAGGAUGAAAGCUGA